AUGUUUCAACAAUUAUUCGAAUGUCGUAUUCGUUAUUUAUCAUUUCUUGGUGUCGGACAAGAUCCAAGUUUUUGUGGUAUAAUUAUACACUGUGUAGAUAAUUCAUUUAAAUGUCAUGUAUUUCAUUGUGUACCAUCGUGUGUUCAACUGUGUAAAAAUAUUGAAGCUGCUUGCAAAUUACGCUAUCAAAAAUGUCUUGAUGCUCAUCCACAAGCAGCUAAACAGAUUGAAACAACAAAAAGUUAUGGUGCUCAAUUAAUAAGUUUCGUCGAAUCAUUUUGGUUUGGGAACAAACAAUCUACUUAA